AAGAAAAAUUACCAGUAUUCAGAAAAGGAUCAAAAUUCAUCCAGCAUAAUUAAGUUUUUAAAUACCACUGUGUCCAAGUUCUCUAAGAAAGGUUCUUCUCAGAUAGCGAAUCACUUAGAACUGUAUGAAUCCACUAUGGAUUCUUUAAAAUUAUACUCUGAUGCUGACAGAAUCACAUUCCUUCCAUGGGCAUUUGAUGAUAAAUAUCGUCAUUACUUUACCUCUUUUAGGGAGAGAGGAAUUCAAGAUUGGCCAAGUGUUUUGCAUGAAGUUAAACUGGAAUUCGGACCUUACCGAACCAUUACUGCUGCAAAACGGGACAUAUAUAAGCUUACAUGUAGGCCCAAUCAGAGUCCCCGUGAAUUCCUCUCUAUCCUUAAAAAUGCCUAUGGGUUAGCAUAUAGAUCCCCAAACUGGGAAUCUGAAGAGUUUAAGCAGCUGUUCUAUGACGCUAUGCCAACCCAGAUCAAACUUAGCCUAGCCAGAGAUCUGGAUAUUGAAGCUCCCUUGGAUAGGUUGGUGACGGCUGCCACCACGCUGUAUAAUAUCAGUGAAUACCAUGAAACAGGUGAGAGAAGAUUUAAAAAAUCCCCAGAGCAAAAUAUAGCUGAAGCUAAGGUAAACCCUAGCUUGGGAUUUGAAACACAGCCACGUAAGUAUUCUCAGUCUACAGGUCCUGUCCAACAAACCCAGCAACAACAGGUAAGACCCAAGCAAACCAAGCCCCAAAAUCCCAACGGGUCAGAGGGGGAUAAUUCUGGUGCUGGGAGGUCUAACUACCGUCCAUAUUACAAUAAUGGUCCCCAAUAUAGGUCCUAUUACAAUAGGGAUUCCCAGGGUUACAGACGCUGGAAUAACAGGCCCAGACAACAGAGGGAAGAUAGGCAGGAACCCUUAAACUCACCUAGGAGUAGGUCACCCACCAAUAAUCAGGGCGCCUCACAAAACCAAAAUAUGCGCAAACCAAACAGUACCCCUGACCCUAAGAUUGGGGCCAGGGAGGAGGUGUCUAAUAUUUUAUUUGUCUUACAGUCUAAUCGUGUCGAUCCCUGCGACCAUGCAUCUAUUCCAGAGUGUGAUCCCAUCAUUCCAGCCUCUUGUCAUGAAUCAGCUGUAAACUGUGAUAUAAUUCAGUUUUCCCCAAGGGUGGGGGCCGAUGCUGCUCCUCCAACUUCUCCUAUUGAUCUGGUGAAUAAAACCUUAUGGUCCAGAUUACCAGGAGACCCAGAGGGAUUCCAGGAUGUAGAGCAAGCUUUGAGAGGGGGACAACAGAUGCCCUACGCCGUAAGUAUUGAGGUUGCUGAAGAGGUUGAAAUCCCUGAAGGAUGCAAACCGUUUCUUCUCCCCAUUCAAGUGAAAAAGGGACAGAAACUGAAGAAUGCAGAUGCCUUGAUCUGUUUAUCCAACCGGAUGCAACAACUCGGCCUAAAGUUAAAGCCUACUCCCAUGAUAAACGUCCAUCAGGUUCCAUUACAGAUGGUAGUCCAUAAUAUGAUUCCCCAUAGCAUAUCUUUGCAAAAGGACACCGUAAUUGGUUUAGCUAUGGAAUCAGAAUACUACACUUUUGGAUUCCAGAAUGAUGUUAUUGGACUUAUUCCUGAUGAAUACCUGACGGAAGAACAGAAUGAAGUCAAACAGAUGAUGGAUUUAGAAGUUGAUGCUACAGACCAGUCAUGA